AUCAUCAUCAUCAUCGCCAUCGCCAUCGCCAUCGCCAUCGCCAUUGCCAUUGCCAUUGCUUUUGUCACGUUUUCUUGGAUUUAUUUCGAUUUUCAAGCAAACUGGAUUAAACCCACAAGAAAUCCCAUUUAACCAUUGAAUCAUUGGAGCAAAUUUGAGAUCCUCUUCGUCUUUGGUCAAUCCGGCAUCGAGGAUUAAUUAAUGGGUUGUAUUGUAAACAAGACUGCUGAUGCCAAAGCCGACCGCCUUUCACGGUGGAGCGCCACCGGCAUUGUAGGCUUACGCGACGCCAAACUGAAGUCAUUUCCGGAUGAAGUUCUUGAGCUUGAUAGAUCUGUGCGGACGCUUGAUUUGACACACAACAAAUUAGCUGACAUUCCAGAGGAGAUCAGCAGAUUAACAAACAUGCAGAGGCUGAUUCUGGCUGAUAACGUAAUCGAGCGUCUUCCAAGCAAUGUGGGCAAACUUCAGUCGUUGAAGUUUCUAAUUCUCGAUCAAAAUAGAGUUACCAUUUUGCCUGAUGAAAUGGGUCAAUUGGUGAGACUUGAGCGAUUAUCCAUCUUGGGCAACCAGUUAACCGGUCUACCAGACACCAUUGGAAGCUUGCGAAACUUGUUGCUGUUGAAUGUGUCGAAAAAUCAAUUGAAGUUUCUUCCAGAAUCUAUUGGGAGCUGCUUUUCGUUGGAAGAGCUACAAGCAAAUGAAAAUUCUAUUGAAGAACUUCCUCCUUCAGUCUGCAAUUUGAUUCACCUGAAGUCGCUAUCCUUGGAUCAUAACAAGGUGAAACAGAUACCACCAAGUUUAUUGAAGUCUUGCAAGGCUCUACAGAAUAUUUCGUUGCAUGGUAAUCCCAUAUCAAUGGAUCAAUUCCAAACGAUGGAAGGAUUUCAAGAAUUUGAAGCUCGGAGGAAAAGGAAAUUUGACAAACAGAUAGAUUCAAACGUGAUGAUCGGUUCUAAAGGCCUUGAUGAGGGCGUUGAUCUGUAAAUUACCCUGCCAUCCCAUUUUACAUACAGCAGGAUGUCGAGAGGACUUGAGGCUGCUUGCAUGAUCAACGAUGAUGGUUUAUGGUUGUGGACAUCCGCACGGCCUUCUUUGCAGCUCUGGUAACUCGUACAUGAUAAAACAUACCGAAUUACAAAGUUAAAGUUGUAUUUAUAUCUGAAACAGACAAAGCCAUAUACUUGAGUGGCUACAGCCAUUCCAAUACUUUUGUAUUUUCGGCGUCACUUUCUAAGUCAUUAUGUGGGCCCGCUUAUACGGCCAAUUUUCUUGGUGCCGUAGAUGUUGGUAUUGAAGUGGGCCCAUGGAUGACCAAGAAAGCUGGACAAGAAGAAAAGGAUAUGAAGUGAAUACGAUGUCGUAGGGUUGAUUCAUUC